GUGUGAUUUGAAAGAUCACUCGAGAAUACGUCCAUGGUAGCCUUCUCCGCAUCAAAGUUAGAUUUGGACCCUACACUACAUCAUAUCAAAGGAAGAUCCAUGUAAACUUAUUCAUCAAGAUCUCUAUGUAAGAAGGCAUCGCUUACAUCUAAUUGAAUAAACUCCAAUCUUUGGAAGAAACAAGAGUUAAAAGAGACUUAAUAGAGUUUAACUUGGCAAAUGGACAGUUUGUACCAAGGAUUUCAAUGGCAUAAAUUUUUCUAAAGCCUUUGGAAGAUUGAAACUCAAUGGAAAAGAGCUUUGGCUAAAGAUUGUGAAGGAAUUGACUGAGGGCGACUAAUCUUGGAAGACUUCAAACGAGAGACUUGAAGAUUGCAUGGAAGCCUCUUUGUUUACUUGCGUUGGAAGUCAUCUUGCUUAUUAUGGAAGAAACUGUUUUGGUUGAGUCCUUUACCUUUUCAAGUUGGGUUUCCUUCUUUAAUUCAGUAUCCUAGCUAGAUUUUUUCUCCUAGUUGGUAGUAUAAUGUGUUUAGAGUAGUUUCUUUCUAUUUAAAGGCCUUAAGCCGAGUUGUAAGAACCAUCUUUUAUCAAUUGAAUUUCAUCUUUGGUUCAUUUAAUAGUUCUUCGCUCAUGAAUUGGUGCUUGUUGUUGGUGGACUCCAACCAACGAGUGGUCUCUGUAUCAAUCGAGUUUUCCCCUUGAUUGUGGUCGAGCUUCUACCCAUAUUGAACGAGCAUUUCCCAAGUGUGGAAUUGCACGUCAACCCCAUCAAAUGGCAGUGGACAACCUAUCUAUGGAAGAGGACAUGCUUUUCUAGACAGAAUCCUCGAAUGGCAAGUUUACGACAAAAUCGACAUUCAAGCUUCUCAAUACCUCACCUCCGGACCCAGAUGAGAGAUACUGAAAACGAUAUGGAGUUUGCCGGUUCUCGAAAGGAUCAAAGUUUUCAUAUGGAAUGUUAUGUUGGAAAGAAUCGCGACCAACUCGCUCAGAGUAUCCUAGAAAAUUGCCUCAGACCCUUGUUGCGCCCGCUGUCAAGAAGUUUCGGAGACAAUCAUACAUGUAUUAAGAGACUGCCCCAUUGCUACUUUCUUCUGGUCACGACAAGUCGAAGCCAGCAAGCAGGGGAGAUUCUUCAGCCUUCACCAAGCCGAUUGGCUUCGAAAGAAUUUGGCAAACACAGAGAGCAGCGCGAUUGGGAUGCCGUGGGCGGGGUUCUUUGCCACAUUAGACUGGCUCCUUUGGAAGAACAGGUGCACCACGACGUUCAAAGGGGCAGCAACAGCUCUUGGCCCUGACUCAUUCGAUCAUAGCCAAGGCCAAGUUGUGGUAUGCAGCGUGGACAGCGCCAGACUCGGAACUGGGAAAUCAACGGCGGAAAGGGACCCUCAUCACUGCCAGCAUCGGCUGGACAUUCCCGCUAGAGGGUUGGAUGACUUUGAAUGUUGAUGGGGCUUCAUGUGGAAAUCCCGGCGCGGCGGGUGCAGGAGGGCUGAUUCGCGAUUCCACAGGGAGGUGGAGAGUUGGAUUCGUGGCAAACAUUGGAUCUGCGUCAGCUGCCCCUAGAGGAAAUUUGGGCAAUGUUCUAUGGACUCGAGCUUGCUUGGAAGGAAGGUCAUCGUGCCAUCAUCGUACAAUCAGACUCCCAGCUGGCGAUUCAACUCGUCAAUGACAAACAAGAUCCAGUGCAUCCUUAUGCAAUUUUGCUUGCAGCGAUUCGUCGCCAGGUAAGUCGAGAUUGACUGGUUCGCAUCACUCAUACGUACGAAGAAGGAAAUAUAUAGAGCCACGGACUGGCUCUCGAAGCACAAUCUCGUCCAUCCCUUCGAUAUAUAUGAGCUUGCGGACCCGCCAACAGGCUUGACCUCGAUUCUGCGUGAUGAUAUGAUGGGUAUUCGCUUAGAGAAGAGGGUUGUCUCCAGCUCUCUUUCCCCAUCUUCCUAAUCCCCCUUGUAAUUUCUUGGCUUCCGCCUCAUGCUUCACGCAAAACAAAACCCCAUCAAAACUGAAAGAACCUCAUAUGGUGUUUUGGUUUCAAAAGCAAUAGUAGUUAAUUGAUUGAUCAUAUAAACAACAUGCAAAACAAAAAUGUGACUAUAACUUUAGUGAUAAAAUAGAUUGAAAUUUCAACGACCGGCAAGCAUUGAGAAUAUUUCUCCAUAUAUUAACAUAUUUUAGAUAAAAACAUAAUUUUCUAAACACUGGAUCUUGAAGGAAAAUGAAGGCAUUUUCGCAUA